GUUGAUUAUUGCCUAAAUUAUUAUUUGCCUGUGCUAAACCGGUAAAUAUGAGUUCAGUCGAUGGAAAUUUGUGUGAAAAAGUGGAAAGCUCAACAAAUGAAAACUUUAACAAUGAAAGCACUAAUUAUAGUGCUGGCAAAAGAUUUCCCGGAAGAUACAAUAGAAAUAAAAAAUGGAAUUCAAGGCCCGUAGGAAAUUUCAAGGAGGAUAAGGGACCAAACGAAAAAUUUAGAGAAAAAUUAGAACAAUUACGUGGAAAUACAUUUGAUUUACCACCCGUAGAUCUUGAGGAAAAGAAAUUUUCUGGAAGAAAUCGCCUAUACAUCGGAAAUAUUGGUAAUGAAAUUACCGAAGACGAUUGUAAGGGUCUGUUUAGUCCUUAUGGCGAAAUCAAUGAGCUAUUUCUAAAUAAAGAAAAAAGUUUUGGAUUUGUAAGGUUGGAUUAUUACACAAAUGCCUUGAAAGCAAAACGUGAACUUGACGGGGUAUUGUUUAAAAAUAGGAAUUUAAAGAUAAGAUUUGCUCCAAGCACAGCCACUAUAAAGGUUAAGAACUUAAGCUUGCAAGUUUCAAAUGAAUUGUUGCAUCAUGGUUUUCGCGUUUUUGGAGAGAUUGAACGUGCAGUUAUUUGUGUGGACGAAAGGGGUAAGCCAACAGGAGAAGGAAUUGUGGAAUUUAUAAGAAAAGGAAGUGCCACCUAUGCCCUAAAUACGUGUAGAGAAGGUUGCUAUUUUUUAACUGCCAGUUUACGACCUUGCAUUGUGGAACCUUUUGACAUUAUAACCGACAAUGAUGGCUACCCGGAAAAGCACAUGAUUAAAAGGAAUAAUGAAUAUAAUGUUGAACGAGAAGUAGGUCCUACUUUCGCAGAUCCUGGCACUUUUAAAUACGAGUAUGGCAAAAAAUGGAAGCAACUUUUCGACCUUUUUAAAGAAAAAGAAGACGCUUUAAAAAAACAAUUUCUUAUGGAGGUAGAAAAGCUUGAAGCACAAUUAGAGUAUGCCAAGUACGAGCAAGAGACUGAAAUGCUCAGGGAGCAGCUACGUUACAGAGAACUGGAUCGAGAACGCCAAAAACGUGAAUGGGAAAUGAAAGAAAAACAUAUGGAAGAGCAAAGACGCAAGAUUGAAGAAAACAUUCGCAUGCAGCAAGAAGAAAUUGAGAAUUCCAUGAGAAUUCAGGAGGAGAAUAUUAGAAUGAGGCAACAAGAAAACAAAUUGUUUUUACAGAAACACAGGUACAAUCAAGGUUUCAAUAAUGCUGAUGUUGAUGUUGAUAACAAUAGUCUUCCUGAUUACGGUUCCUCAUCCAAGCCUUUAUUAGAGGAAUUUGAUCAAAAUAUCCAAACUGCAGUUUGUAAUGACCAGUAUCCUGGAUACUGGGUUAAAAAUGAUGCUGAUAAAUAUCAGAAAAAGAGACGGUUUAUGUGA